AUGAUUUACAGCUACAGGACCAUUUUGUUCCAGGAACUGUCACUCAUCUAUGGCGGGAAACGGAGUGCUACAACUGUGUGUAAUACCAAGGUGGAAGUUUUGGUCAUGUCGCGAGAACAUUUUAUGAGCAUAUUCAUGAACGCUUCCGACACAUCCAAGGCUGAACAUAUGGUUUUUCUACGUCAGCAUCCGAUGAUUCCGGACACGGUGACCGACGCUCUGGUCAGUGCAGAUAGUAGCAUGUUUCUGUUCACCUACUUCCGACGGGAUAUGAUUAUCUGUGAAGAUAGCAAUGCGAGCGAGUGGAUUUACUUGGUAAAGGCUGGACAGUGCAAAAUUGUUAAAGAUGUUCGUCUUUGUCCAUCAAAACUGAAAUGCUCCGAUUCGAGACCACAAACACAGUUUUCGGAUUCUUAUCAAUGCCGCAAAAGCGGUAAUAGAUUGAUGUCGCGUUUAUCGUCCGCUACGGCCACAGGUAAUGAAGAACUGGAAAAGAAAUAUUUUGUCAUUCUUAAAUUGUUGGAAAUCAAUUCUGUAUUCGGACUGGAAACCAUCGCUUUCGAAUCGCUGGGUGGUACAUCUUCGGUCUCGUUGGUUUCUGACGGAGCUGAGUGUAUUGCAAUCAACAAAAAGUUUUUUCUCAAACACUGUCCAACCGUUUUCAUGAAUUGGUUGCGCCGUCAAAUUCAACCGUUUCCGGAUGAGAAAACCCUAGAGACCAAGUUGGCUAUCUAUCGCGACUGGAGAAUUUACCGAGAACGCGUUGUGGAAGACUAUUUGAUCGCUUGCCAAGAUGAACCACAGUGA